AAAUCAAAACUCAGAAAGCUGCAGCACAAAGCUUCCCCUCCCCCUCUUCGCAAAGCGUCAAACUAUCCUUGUAGCUAGGCAAUUUCUGCGCGUAAGCCAUGCACCCAAUUACCCCUAAACACUAUUCCCUACCGUGUCCUCUCCUCCUCCCUCCAUCUGGUCACACUCCUCCCUUUAAAGUUACACACAUAACACAUUCAUUCAUCUCUCUCCUCUUCACCCCUUUUCACUCAUGAAGAAUCCCGUGGCCGAGAGUUUCACCGACUUCUACGACAAGUGGGUUUGGAAGCUCGAGGAGAUCCUACACCAGCUCCUCGAGGUGUCCAAACAGAGAACUGAGGUGGUCAAAACUGAGCAAGAGCUGCAGGUUUUGGUGUCAAAAGUCACAUCCCAUUUGAAGGAAUACUACACUAUAAAGUGGGCAUCCGCACAUGAAGAGGUGCUUGUGUUCUUCUCGCCGGCGUGGUUGAGUCCUCUGGAGAAUGCUUAUUUGUGGAUCACAGGGUGGAAGCCCUCCAUGGUGUUCAAGCUUCUGGAAACUCUCAAGAAGCAAGCGAGUGGUGGUGAUUUUGUGAUGACGGAGGAGCAGGUGAGGAAGAUCGAGGAGCUGAGGAAGAGGACGAGGAUGGAGGAGGAGAAGGUGGAGAGGGAGAUGGAGAGGCAGCAGGUGGCCAUGGCUGACCGCAAGAUGGUGGAGUUGGUCAAGCUCACCGGCAGAGCAAGGAACAACGGUAGUGGUGGUGGUGGUGAUGCGGUGGAUGCGGUGGUGGAGGUGGCCUUAAAAGGGGUUCUUGCGGGGUUGGAGAGGGUCAUGAAGGCUUCGGAUUGCGUGAGGCUCAAGACACUCAAAGGGGUGUUGGAUGUGCUUAGUCCAAUGCAGUGUGUCGAUUUCUUGGCUGCAAAUAUUGCUAUGCAGCUAAGACUCAGGCAAUGGGGGAAGAAGAAGAGGGACAUUGCUGCUGCAGGAUCCACACUCAAUGUGAAUCAGGACAACUGAUCCAAGUGUAAUUCAACUAGUAGCUAGCAAAAAAAAAAAAAGGAAGCAUAUUAAACUGUACAUCUUUAAUUAGGCUUAAUUAGUUAAUUAAGUUGUCCAGUACAUCAUCAUUAGCACAAAUUAAGAAGUUGUUUAAUUAGUUUAUGCGGUGGUAGUAGCUAGUAUAGUCUUGUAGUUGCAAUGUAAGAAAAGGAAAGAAAUAGUAGAUGAAUGAAGAUGAAUGAAUC